ACUUCCUGUUUCUGUGUAAGAAAAGAGUCUUAUCGAGACUUGGGAGGAAAGGUGAUAUGUCUUGGACUAUAGUUGGGCAGCUGUUUUAGUUACACUGGAUUGCUAGACAGUUUGAAGGAGUUUCGGAACACCUUACCCUGGACAGAGACGUGUGUUCCUGUAUUCCUUAUGUCCAAGUGACAGAGAAAGUGAGAAGGAAAAGGAGGGAGGAUCCAUGUCUCUCUGUUCAGGCUUGUUUGGGAAUUUGAGUAGGGAGGAGGGGAAGGAACCCUGAGAGAGUGGAACGCGGAGAGUUAGUCCUGUAAACAUUUGGAGCUUAUGUUUUAGAAGAACAGAAUGAUUUAAAAAGACGUAGGUCAAUCAAGAGUAUCAGUAAAACAUUUAUCUCACUCUCCACACUGAUCCACUCAGUGAGCAGGCGCAAGUAUGUGGAACUUGUGUGUUGCGCAAUUCCUUUUAGUUCUACAGUGAGAGUGAGAGAAGAACGCUGUCUUCUCCAGGGACACUGCUCAGGUUGUCUAAAUUAUGUUGCCAUGGGAACCAAACGCACAAAUCGGACCAUCGAGGAGUCUUUACAACUGCCACGCAGCCCAGCUACUCCUGACAGGGACAAUCAAUCUAAUGAGUGGAUAAGUCGCGAGGCCAGACAACAAGCUGGUCCAAAAAUUCAAGUUGAACGAGAGAGAGCAAGGGCAGAACAGAGAGCUAGAGAGAUGGACAGAUGGGACAGAGCAAUAGAGGGAAGGAGGGAUUUGGAGCAAGACCAAAGACAAAGGGAAAGAUUUGCUCAAUUGAAAGGUAGACUAGAGGAGAUAGACUUGAGAGUAAAGGAUAGAAGGAGAGAGAAAGCCAGAUACACAAAUGGAAGAACCACCUUUAUUGAACAUCAUGAAGAGGACAGAGAAAGAGAGAAAGGAGACACUUUUCCCAGGACAAUGAGACCAAGUAAUGAAAGAGAAGGAAGAACGAGACAUUCUCUUGAUCAGAGUUAUGAACUGAUAGAGAGAGGCAAAAUUGGAAGUUCGAGGGAAAUAGACAUGAUUGAAAUUGAAAGAGAGAGAGAAAGAGAACGAGCUAAGAAAAAAGAUAAAGAUACCCAGCGAUACAGAGAAAUGGAAAGGCAGAGAGAGAAUGAGCGAAGAAUAUUAAGAGAAGAGAUGAAAAGGAAUGCAGAAAGACAAUUAGAGAAGGAGGAUUUGGACAGACUACGAUGGGACCCCAGUAAAAGGGGGAGAAGAGAAGAGAGAUACAGAGAUGUCAGUGAAAGUGACCAGCAGGUCUUAAGAAGGCGAGAAAAAGACCAAGCUCGAAACAGACCCAGAGACAGAGAAGACCGGUAUUAUUCUCCACAAACAAGGAGAAUUAAAGUGGGAGAGAGAGAGAACUUUUCAGACAGAGAUGAGAGAGAUGAAAGAAGGAAGGCAGUGCAGAAAGAGAGACACAGAUACACAAAAAGUGAUGGAGAGACGAAUGCUGAAAAAAACAGGGAGGUACCAAAACAAGAGGAUGCUGUGGCUGUUAGACUAGAUGCUAGAAGUGAGGUAGAUAAGGAAAAAGACAGAACCAGAGACAAACUGAGAGAAAGAGAACGGCGUAGAGAGGUGGAGAAGCAGAGGGAAAGAGACAGAAGAAAGGAGAAAGAAACAGUUCUCCGAUCUAACAGGGGAGAGCUGAAUGAAGAAUCUGUGAUGAAAAGGUACAGAGAGAGAGAGAUAAGAGAGAGGGGUUCGGGCACAGACGAUAGAAGACCUGAUGGACAAAGAGAUCGAUUAAAGGGCAAUGAAGACAGAAGAAGAGAGAAAGAAUUAAAUGAAAGAAUGUGGAGAGAGCAUGACAGAGAGAGAACACGCAUACCUCCUGCAGAGAGAGAGAAGGACGUGUAUGUGGAAAGGGCAGACAGGCAGAGACAAAACUGUUAUGAGGAAGAAGUGACAGGAAGAAUUAGGCAAACACAGAGGGAGACAGACAGAAAGGAAGCCCCAAGCAUGAGAGAGCGGAUACCAGGAAGUGAUGUAGAGGCAGACCACUGGAGGAGAAAAAAAAUAGAUUACUUUGAAGAGAAAGAGAGAAAGCAUGCUUCUGCGGGUGAUAGGGAGAAAAAAAGAAGCGAGGAAGGAACGGAUGCGGCAUGGGGGCUAAGGAAAGAAGAGGUAAGAGAAGGCACUGAAAAAGAGGAAACAGAGAUGGAGAGAGAAAAAGAACAAGAAAUAUCGGAGGGCAAAAAGAGACAGCACAGGAAAAUGUGGCUUGAGCCUCGGCAGAAGAAGGAAGAAGAAUUCAAAGAAAGAGAGCAAGCCAGGGAGAGAUAUGCACAGCGAUACAAAGAGCACAAAACUUCAAGAGGUGAGGAAGAAAUAUCCACUGAAAGUAAAAAUGGAGGAGAAACAAUAUUGUUGGAUAGUAAGGAUGUGGAUAAUGAGAAUUUGGAUGAAAGGAUAGUAAGUGAUGAGACGGUGUUUGAUAAUGAACCAUGCAUAGAUAUCUUGCAAACAGAGGCAGAAAAUAUGGAUGAAAUCCUGGAGGAGAGUGACAGAGAGGAAGAACAAGGGAGUGAUAGAUAUGUUAAUUCUGAGGGUGAAGAAGAAAAUGAGGGAGUUUGGGAAGAUUUGAGGGACAAAGUGACGUCAGGAGAUGAUGGUUUUGUGACAGUUUCCAGUGGUGCUGAAGAGGAGGAUGAGAGUUAUGAGGAUUGCACAGAAUUCUGGGAUGAUUCGGAUAGAGAAGGUCUAGCCAGGCAAUUACCCAGACGCCCCCAUUUAAGGGAGCAAGAGAUUGAAGCCAAAAUGACCAAAGAGAGAAGUGACCACACAGUCACUGUCUUUUGUGUGGUUGGUCAAACUCUUCCUAGGUCAGGAUCCAUCCAAAACCCACUCUUGGAUCACAUGGAGCAGGAGGAGACGAGUCAGAACUCAUCUUUGGAAAUGGGUGGUGUUGCUGGUGAUCAGGAUGAAGCACCAAGCAGAGACACAGAGGCCAAAGGCACGAGCGCAGACCUCAGUUUGCCCGAGGAGGACAUGUCUAUCAGCUAUGAGACUAAAUCCGAUAAUGCAGAAUCUGAUCAAAUGGCCAAGGAAGUUAUCCCAUCAGAGGACUUAGUAAUUUCUGGGGAUGUAAUUGCAGAAAAAGACACUGAACCAUACCCAGCAGAAUCUAUUGAGACAUUGACCAAAAUAGAGGAUCAUUGGAAUACUCAGGUGAAAAUGACAGAUGGAGAAAACCAAGUGGAAGGACAAAAUGAAAUGGAAAGUAGUUGCCAUUUAGAGGUGACAGAGAAUACAGAGAACAGUAAGCGCUUCUCUGCUGCUCCACAUGUCAAAUGGGCUAAGAAUGUGCUCAGCGAGAUCUUGGGUUCUACUGAAGACGGGACCAAUAUUGUAUUUCAGCCAAGCACACCUUAUGAGCAGGUAGGUGAAGGAACUCCAGCUGAGAUGGAAAGUCAAGAAGAAUCACCUCUCUAUGGCAUCGUCCAGAAACCUCGCAGACACAGCCAUGAGAGAAAACACAUCGACCAUGAGUUACUGCAUUUCACACAAGAGGACAUGAAGAUAGAUAUAGUGGUAGAAAAUGUUCUUUUACAGGUAGAGGCACAGUCAGAAGGUGAAGAAGAACUGGAUCAACUGUCCGUCAGUCCGGACCUACAUAGUCUCUCCUCUGAUAAUGAGACAGAUAAGGAGGGAAACAGUAAGAAGGAGAAGAAACAAAAGAAAAAACCAAGGUGGAAAAUUCUAGGCUCUAGCAGCUUCAGAGACUUGGGGCACGAAGUAUGGGGAAGGAGGCCUGGGAUUCGAAGGACAGUGCAGAAAACGAAUCAAGAGGAGGAGGAGGGAGAAGGAGUUGGAAGGGACCGCAGAACCAGAAUCUUCACAACAGAGGAUGAAUAUGAUGAUCUGAGUAGCACAUGGAGUGAAUUAGAUCUGAGGAGUAUUAAAGAAACACUUAGCAGGUCAAAAAUGAGGAAGUCAAAAUAUUACAAUUCCCAGUUGUAUCAGCAGUACAGCGAGGUGGUCCAGAACAGGGAACUCAUUCAUCAGUCUCAUUCUGAUGCUAGCUCUGUUUUUGGGGAUGCUCAGGCUUUUUCAGGAUCCUCAUCUCCGUCGCAUUCUCCUACUUUUGCUCGCCGGCCCCUCCCACCUCUUCCGCCCGUGCCUCACCCUUAUUCUGUAUCCCACACCAACUCUGUCUCCAGUGGGAGUGUGUCAUUGGCCAUACCUCAUGACACAAAUCAGAGGCCCCCAUCACCUCGGCUGUCCAGGUCGCUCACCACCUCGCCCAUGCUGUGGCAAGACCUGCCCGGAGUAAUAAAUAACCCUGAGCUCAAAAAUCUUAGCAAGGAUGAGAGACGCCUACAGGAGGUCAGAUUUGAAGUGGUGACAUCUGAGUCAUCGUAUUGUAGCAGUCUGGAAAUUGUAGUGGAGCAUUUUGUUAAGUGCAAACAGCUCAACAUCCUCUUGACCUCACAAGACAAAAACUGGCUUUUUUCCAAGCUAAGUGAUGUCAGAACCAUCAGUCAUAGCUUCUUCUCCCAGCUGGAGGAAAGAGUAGAGAGUGACAUAAUGCACUUUACCGUGUGUGACAUCAUCAUCAAACACUGUGCACAAUUCCGAGCAGUCUAUGUACCCUACCUCACCAACCAGUCAUACCAAGACAAGACGUAUCAAAGAUUAAUGAAUGAGAAUGCUGGAUUUCGCCACAUAGUAGAAAAGUUGGAGCAAAGCCCAAAGUGCCAGAGACUUCCUUUUCGCUCCUUUCUCAUCCUCCCAUUCCAGAGAAUAACUCGGCUUAAACUGCUAGUACAGAAUAUUGUAAAGAGAACAGAUCCAAAGACACCAGAUGAGGCACAAGCAAUUAAAGCCAUGAAACUACUGGAGAAGAUGAUCCAAGACAGUAAUGACAGUAUAUCUCAGAUGAACAACAUUGAAUCACUGGUGUCUCUCAAUGCAAAGGUGGACUUUGAAUGCAGGACUUUACCACUGAUCAGUCAGUCACGAAGGCUGGUGAAAGAGGGUCAACUGACAGAGCUGAGGGACUUAAUGUUAAAGGAGAAAGAAAGAACUGCCUACAUACAUCUCUUCAAUGACUACUUGCUUCUCUCAUUACCCAAAGAAGGUGGUCGGUUUACAGUGAUUGAUCACGCUCCUGUAUCAGAACUGAAAGCCGAGAACUGCAGAAUCAAGCUACAUUCCCUACAGAAGAACAUCUUUCGUCUGCACAUGGGACAAAAAGCUCUGUUACUACGAGCAGAAACACAGGCAGAUAAACUGCGCUGGAUCUCAGCACUCUCUCAACCUCAUCCUGAAAUCGACUUAACAGCCGCAAAGGACAUUCCACAGAUGCAGUGUAUUAAAGCCUUCAUUGCGCAGCAACCUGAUGAACUCAGCCUGGAGAAAGCUGAUGUCCUGCUGGUUCAACAGAGCACUGAUGGCUGGGUGGAGGGAACACGUCUGUCAGACAGACUACGUGGAUGGGUUCCUGAGUCUCACCUGGAAACAAUAGUCAGUGCAAAGGCCCGUGAGCGUAAUCUGAUAGACACGCUGAAGAUUACAACUGCAACAGCCACAGUGUGAAGCAUUUGUAAGCAUCUCAUUUGACGCCGCUGUAUCUCAAAAAUCUGAAGCAGUCAAAAAACUAUAAGGAGUGAUGGAGCUUCAAGAGCCGUGAACACUGAAGAUUGGGGAUCUUAAACCUGUUCUUAGAUUUUUAUUACAUUAAGGUAUUACUGAAACCUUGAAUGUGAACUAUUACUUAUUAGAUAUAAAGAUUUUUAUAUACAAUAUUUCUAUACUCCUGGUGCAGAAGCACUAAGGAUAAAAUAUGUCCAUGGACAUCAUGGUACACAGUGUACAUGUUUUGCUUGUACAGAAAACGGAAUAUGUUUAUAAACCAGUGUUGUAUUUAGACCAAUGCACAUUCUUGAGGAACAAAAAUGUCAACAUCCCCUUUACACUGACCAGCACACAUUAGCAUGCCAUAAAAAUCUUUCCUGCUGCAUUUCAGAUAGAUUUAACAUUUUCUGACCAAUUCUUCAAUGCUACAUAAUAUGUAAGUACAUCAUUGGGAAGAUCCUUUUUUUUUUUUUUUUUUAAGGUCAUUAAAAUGAACUGUAUUACAUUGGAUGUGGCAAAUAUUAUAAAUAGCCAGUAACUAUAUGUGAAUUUAGUUUGCACCUUAUCACAGUGUGCCAAAGUCGAGGAUGUAAUUUGGUAUAUACUUAAAAAUGAAAUUGUAAUAAAAGAAAAAGGCGGAUAAACAAGGAUUCAGUAGGAAAUCACUUUAGUGUAAUUUAUAGACAAUUCAACAGGAUGCUUCAUUUGUUUGUUUCAGCAUGACAAUACCAGCAUUGAAUAAACAAUUUCUUGGCUCAUGA